AUGACCACAUCACAUGCAAGACCAUUUCAUAUUUCGUUGCAUGGCGAUGGCAGCUCAUACCAAGGGAAGGGCAAGACCAUUAUGGCAUCCUCCUCCUCCUCCUCCUCUUCUUCCUCAGUAUAUCGAUCCCAAGAUUCAAAACGCUGCACCUCGGUGGUGCGCAACAAGGAGCUGGUGGGGUACAAAGUUUUAAGUAAUGUCAUGCUCCACGAGCAGCAAGACGAGGACACUCGCAAGGUCACCGAUGUGCUGAAAUCCACGCCGGGAGUCGCCGAGCUCCUGCUGCGACACUACAAAUGGUUACACCAAGAUGUCCUGUUUGAGUGGUUCAACAACAACGAAACCGUCUGCAACGUCGCCGGUCUGCCGAGGGAGGUCCCCCCCAUGACCAUAACCAUGAUGAAGGUGAGUACUGAACUGCUAAAAUGCUUAAAAUGCAAAAAGCGGUUCAACUCCGGCGAGAUGUGGUCGGCGGAGUGCUCCCACUACUACUGCAAAUUUUGCUGGGGAGACCACAUCGGCAACGCGGAUAGCGCGCGGAUAGUGUGCCUGAAACCGUCAUGCAAGGCGCCCGUCGUCCGGGAACUCGUCGAGGCGGUGGCCGGCGACCAGCUCAAGGCGCAGUACGACUUGUUGGUGGGCCUGUCGUACGUGAACGACAGCGGCGGCAGGAGAAAGUGGUGCUGUGGCUGCAAUACCCGUGCCGUCGAGCUCCUCGACGACGGCGCCAGCAGUUCGACGACGACGAUGACGACAAAGGACGUGUUGUGCGAGUGCAAGCACCGCUUCUGCUGGAACUGUUCGAAGCAGCCGCACCAGCCGUGGCCGUGCACCGACCAGAACUAA